GUGGGCGCGAGGGCGAGGAUGAUGCGGAGGCUAUGUUCAGGAGAAGCGAGAGAGCGGCGAUCUCGCGCUUGUGACUCACUGGGAAGGGCUUUCUUCUACAGCGCAGGUCAGGAAUGGCAGCAGCGUGCGCCGCCAGGGAGGGAUUGAGGCAAGCCUCCUCGUCCCGGAAGAAGCAAGCGAUUGCGCUGAGCGACAGCGCGGCCAAGAGGAUCCGGCAAUUGCUAGACUUGCGGAACAAAGAUUACUUGCGCGUGGGUGUCAAGGUCCGGGGAUGCAAUGGCUACUCCUACACCAUGAACUACGCAGAUCAAGCCGAGCGCCACGAUGAGCUCGUGGAGGACAAAGGCGUCAAGGUUUUGAUCGACCCGCGAGCGCUGAUGAAGAUCAUCGGCACCAAGAUGGAUUUCAUCGAAGAUCGUCUCAAGUCGGAAUUCGUGUUUCUAAAUCCCAACGCUACCGGCACUUGCGGCUGCGGUGAAUCCUUCACGGCAAAGGAGAAGUAAAAAAACGAGAAAAAAGACAAUAACCGGACUGCGGCGCAGUUAAACUUUUUCUCUGUAAAGCAGGCUUAAAAAUAGAGUAAUCCGGAUAAGAGCGGAUAAUAAAUCUGGAUAAUGGCGCCGUACGUGCGCCGUACGAAUUUGUGACCA